GCAAUUUCCAAAACGGGCCGGCCCAGAUCCGGGCCUCAAACCCUCGGCCCGAUUUAUUAUAUAUAAUUAGUAAAGUAGCAGAGGGUUUUUCUUUCUUCACUCCCCCACCACUGUUCACUUCACGCCCGCCCGUUCUCCUUCAUCCAGCUCGCGCCGACGAGAGUUACCCGCAUUAAAUAUUGAAAUGGCUUUUACUAGAGGCAUGAAGCGACCCAUUGAAAUUAUAUACAAAAGAUUGAGCAGUCCUGUGAAGUGUGGCCAUGCUUAUUCUACUUAUACAACGAGCAAGGGAGUCUCCUCCUCAGUGUCUAGGUUUUCGGAAAUUAAUGCUUCUGGUUUCUUAAACUAUUCUCGUUCAAUCAAUAAUUCCGGGAUUUGCUUCAUUCGGACAUACUCUUCUCAAAUCUCUGCAUCCGAACAAAUGAAUCUCAUUAAACAGCUGAGGGAGAGGACAAGUGCGCCAAUCAAGGAAGUCAAGUCUGCUCUUGUUGCUUGCCACUGGGAUAUUGAGGCUGCACAGAAGGAGUUGAGAAAAAAAGGAGUUGUUCUUGCAUCAAAGAAGUCUUCUCGAACUGCGGCCGAGGGAUUGGUUGCAGUGGCUCAGGAUGAAGAGAAGGCUGUGGUGAUUGAACUCAACUGCGAAACGGACUUUGUUGCCAGAAAUGACAUUUUCCAAUAUUUGGUUAGUAUGAGAAUUAGUUUCUUCCUCUGCUCAAUUGACUUUCAUUCUCCAGCUAUUGGGUACUUCCUUAGGCCUUUAGCUUUCUGGUUUUACUUUGUUGUUGCCUUAUCUCUGGCAAAGACUGCUUUGCAGCUUGAACGUUCUGCGGCUGCUGUCUAUGCUCAAAUAAAUAUUUCAGUUGCUCCCGAGUACCUGUGGGAUAACAAUGGAGAUGUUCUUUUGGCCUCCUUACGGUUAAUUUUGACAGUUCCCUUUACAUUUUUUAUUUUUCAGGAUUUGAAGGUGAAUUUCGACCAUCCUAAGCUAACUGGAGAGAGAACUGUACAGAAUGCAAUUGUAGAGGUUGCUGCAAUGAUGGGAGAGAAUGUCAAACUUAGAAGUGUGAUCACACUACCCGCGCCUUCACAUGGUGUUUUGUCUACAUAUCUCCAUACUAGUCCCCAACCAGGUAUAGGACGUAUUGCUGGACUUUUAUCACUUGAGGUGGAGGAUAAGAAUGUUUCCCUGGAUGCAGUCCAGCGUGUUGGAUCAGAAAUUGCUAUGCACUUGGUAGCUGCCAAACCAUUGUUCCUAAGCAAGGAAGAUGUUAAUUCUUAUUAUUUAGAAAAUGAACGUGAUAUUAUCCGAUCCCAGGCAGAGCGUACAGGGAAGUCUCAGAUGGCCAUAGAUAAGAUGGUUGAAGGUCGUCUAAGAAAGUAUUUCGAGGAAGUUGUUCUUCUGGAGCAAAAGUUUAUCGUAGAUGACACAAUUAACAUUAAGUUUUUUAUGAGCGAUUUCAACAUUUUAUACCCAUUAUUGCAGACACUGUUGAAUAAGUUGUCCAAGGAAGUUGGAUCCACCGUGAAAAUCGGUAACUUUCUCAGAGUAGAAGUUGGAGAAGGCCAUAGGAUUGAAGCAGCUAGUGGAACAGAGCCUGUAUCUCAGGUUGCGUUCACAACUGCCGCAAAAUCUCCGGCGAGCUCACUCGGCGACCUCUUGCUAGUCGCUUCCAUAGCCAAAACCCUGUCCAAGCCCGGAGGAAUUCACACUCUGGACAGAGAUGGCGACUCGAUCCCCCUCUCCGAGGAGCUUGUCCUCCAGAUCCUCCGCCGUGGCUCCCUCGACGCCUCCAGGAAACUGGAUUUCUUCCGGUGGUGUUCCCUCAGGCAUAAUUACAAACACUCGACGGGCACAUACUCUCAGAUGUUCAGGUCCAUCUGCUUUUUGCCCAACCGCCAUUACAACGAUAUCCUCGAGCUGCUUGCCUCAAUGAGGCGCGAUGGAUUAACGCUGGAUUCAUCGACUCUGAAGUUGAUCCUCGACGGAUUUAUCAGGUCCGGUAAGUAUGAUUCUGCCUUGGAAGUAUUGGAUUACGUCGAGAGGGAAUUGAUCGAUAAGAGGCGUUUGAGCCCUGAUGCGUAUGGCCCAAUUGUAGUUGCUCUUGUGAGAAAAAACCAGGUUUCGUUAGCUUUGUCUAUUUUUCUCAAGCUUCUGAAUUCAUCCACUGUUGGGGACAGUUUAGUCAUUCCCGAUGCUAUUGCCUGUAACGAGCUGCUCGUCAGCUUGAAGAAAUCAGGCAUGAAAGACGAAUUCAUGGAGGUUUUCGGUAAGCUUCGUGCCACGAAACUGUACCCGCUUGAUAGAUGGGGUUAUAACAUAUGCAUCCACACGCUAGGAUGCUGGGGUGAUUUGAGCAUUGCAUUGAGUCUGUUUAAGGAGAUGAAGGGGAAAAGUGGUUCGUUCGAUCCGGAUUUGUGCACGUACAAUAGCUUGAUACACGUGUUUUGCUCGCUUGGUAAGGUUAAAGAUGCCCUCACUGUGUGGGAAGAGCUGAAAAGCUCGUCAGGUCACGAACCCGAUUCGUAUACUUACCGAAUUCUCAUUCAGGGCUGUUGUAAAUCCUACAGAAUUAAUGACGCCCUGCAAAUAUUUAGUGAGAUGCAGUAUAACGGAGUACGUGCAGAGAAUGUUGUUUAUAACUCCCUUCUCGAUGGCUUGUUAAAGUCAAGGAAAUUGAACGAAGCCUGCAAUCUUUUUGAGAAAAUGGUGGAUGAUGACGGGGUUCGAGCCUCGUGCUGGACGUACAACAUACUCAUAGACGGGCUGUUAAAAAACGGGAGGCCUGCGGCUGCUUAUACCUUGUUUUCUGAUUUAAAGAAAAAAGGUAAUAAUUUCGUGGACAAUGUCUCAUAUAGUAUUGUGAUUUUGCAUGUUUGCCGGGAGGGAAAGAUCGAGGAAGCAUUGAAAUUGGUGGAGGAAAUGGAGGCUAGGGGUUUUGUGGUUGAUUUAGUCACGAUAACUUCGUUGUUAACUGCGCUUUACAGGCGAGGUCUAUGGGAUUUGACCGAGAAGCUUAUGCGGAAACAUAUAAGGGAUGGGAAUUUGGUCCUUUCUAUUCUCAAGUGGAAAUCGGCAAUGGAAGGCUCGCUGAAGAGCCCACAGAGUAAGGAUAAGGACCUCAUGCCAAUUUUCCCUUCAACAAACGAUAUUGCCGACUUCUUGAGUUUGUCAAAAUUAGAAGGUGGCAAAAUCAAAGAUUUCGAGCAGCCGGGUAAUAUUGAAAUUGACGAGUGGUCAUCAUCUCCUUACAUGGACAUGCUAGCGAAUAAAUUCACGUCUUGCGAUCAAAGUCCCGUAAAGGGUUUCACAAUGUCGAGAGGGGUACGAGUCAUGGCCAAAGGCGAGGACUCUUUCGACAUCGACAUGGUGAACACCUAUUUAUCGAUUUUCUUGUCCAAAGGGAAGUUGAGCCUCGCUUGCAAAUUGUUUGAGGUUUUCACAUCCAUGGGGGUGGACCCCGUUAGCUACACGUACAACUCGAUCAUGAGCUCGUUCGUGAAGAAGGGCUACUUUAGGGAGGCUUGGGCCGUGCUCGAUGCCAUGGGGGAGACCCUUAACCCAGCAGACAUAGCCACGUACAACAUUAUCAUCCAAGGCUUGGGGAAAAUGGGCCGUGCUGACCUUGCGAGUGCCAUUCUCGAAAAAUUGACGAAUGAGGGAGGGUAUUUAGAUGUCGUGAUGUACAACACGUUGAUUAAUGCGCUCGGGAAAGCGGGCCGGGUUGACGAAGCGGACGAGUUGUUCGGGCAGAUGAAGGCGGGCGGAAUAAAUCCGGACGUGGUUACUUAUAACACGCUCAUUGAGGUGCAUGCGAAGGCGGGUCGGGUUAAGGAUGCGUACAAGGUUUUGCGGAUGAUGUUGGAUGCCGGGUGUGCUCCGAAUCAUGUGACAGACACGAUUCUCGAUUUUCUGGAGAGUGAGAUCGAAAGGUUGAGAUACGAGAAGGCUUUUGCCGCCUUAUCUCUGGCAAAGACUGCUUUGCAGCUUGAACGUUCUGUGGCUGCUGUCUAUGCUCAAAUAAAUAUUUCAGUUGCUCCCGAGUACCUGUGGGAUAACAAUGGAGAUGUUCUUUUGGCCUCCUUACGGUUAAUUUUGACAGUUCCCUUUACAUUUUUUAUUUUUCAGGAUUUGAAGGUGAAUUUCGACCAUCCUAAGCUAACUGGAGAGAGAACUGUACAGAAUGCAAUUGUAGAGGUUGCUGCAAUGAUGGGAGAGAAUGUCAAACUUAGAAGUGUGAUCACACUACCCGCGCCUUCACAUGGUGUUUUGUCUACAUAUCUCCAUACUAGUCCCCAACCAGGUAUAGGACGUAUUGCUGGACUUUUAUCACUUGAGGUGGAGGAUAAGAAUGUUUCCCUGGAUGCAGUCCAGCGUGUUGGAUCAGAAAUUGCUAUGCACUUGGUAGCUGCCAAACCAUUGUUCCUGAGCAAGGAAGAUGUUAAUUCUUAUUAUUUAGAAAAUGAACGUGAUAUUAUCCGAUCUCAGGUACUAGUUGGAUACUUUUGGUGGUUUGAAGAUAGUUCAUGAAUAGACUUGCAUUAUAUAAAUGUUUAAACCUGCAGAAGUGUCUUGGUGUAAAUAAAAAAGUUACAUUGAUGACUGAUCACUCAAUUUUUUUUAAUGGC